AUGAUGCGUUUCUUAUCGUAUCUUCUUCUGAUUCCAACAUUUCUGUCUCAGCAUGCCAUUGCUGCCGACGAGUACGGUGGGCCACCUCUUCCAAUGGACGAUGAGUUUUACUUGCCUCCCGAAGAUGAUGGUGCUUGGAAACUCAGCGACACUGGAACUAUUCUGAAAAGUCGUGAAGUCACCAUUGCCCAGCUUAUUGGACAGGGAAAGAGUGAAGCCAAAGGAUAUCAGUUGCUAUAUUCUACAAAAGAUGUGAAUGGCAAUCCAGAUGUUACUGUCACUACCAUCAUUGUUCCAAAAUACCCCUACAGGAAGCGAGUCAUCUCUCUCCAGAAUGCCUACGACUCUCCAAGUGGUUAUGGUGCAUCCUGGAACCGCCUGAACCUUGCGUUCAUGGCCCCGUACGUCAGAGCGGGCCCAAUUCUUAAUAUUCCGGAUUACAAGGGCUCCAAUGCAGCUUUCGCUGUGGGUCCGCAAAGUGGCUAUCAGACUUUGGAUUCUAUCAAAGCUGCUCUGGCCUCCACAGAAUUGACCGGGAUUAAAGAGGAAGCAAAUGUGGUGAUGUUUGGAUAUCCUGGAGGUGCACUCGCGACGGAAUGGGCCACGGAAUUAAAGGCAACCUACGCAUACGACUUGCCAAUCAUCGGUGCCGUGAUCAGAGUUGCACCUACGAAUAUUUCCCAGACCUACCUCAAUGUUGAUGGUGGGCCUCUGUCUGACGCGGCCACACUCGGAAUUAUGAACGCAUAUCCCGACAUGAAUGAAUGGAUGCUUGAAGACCUUCGAACCGACGCCUAUCACGACAAGAGGGUUUUUAAACUUCAAAACACAAGCAUCUCAUCGUUUUUCAAAAGUGGCAAUUCGUUUCUCGAUUUGUUCAAAACGACAUUGAAUAAGAUCGGCGUCAUGGGUCAACACAUCCACAAAACAACUAACCCGAGCUAUCCUCUUGCAUUCUUCUAUGGAACCGAAGAUGAGGUCACGUACCCCCUCCAAAGUUCCGAGGAUCUCAUUGCCAAAUGGAAAGAUGUGGGCAAAGUGAAAACUGUUUGCAACUGGCCACUCGCAGGCAAGGGUCACGUUAGUGCUCUGCUUCCCGGGCUGGCAAAAUUCUACCCGUGGAUGCGGAAACGAUUUUUGGCUGUUGAAGCGGGCAAAGGAGAUGAGGAAAUUCUGAGUUGCGUGCCGGAGCCUGAUGACACGCCAGGCCAGGAUGAUCCUACGGAGCCGGAAGAUCAACAGGAGGAAGUUAAUGGUCAAGUGGUCUUGAAGACUAGCGAUGAGCUACGCUGA